AGGCUGGAUACCAUAGACCUUGAUAGACAUGGCAUUGAGAGUGUUGUUGAUGUCCAUGAGGCUGUGACAUGUUGCUGAUUUGCUCAGAUCUGUGAUCUAGUCACCAUAGCUAGGCUUUUGUAUGCGACCCUCGUAACCCCAAAGAUCCAAGUUGGUACUCAGUCAAAAGGCAUCCGUUCAGAAUUUAGUAACUUUUCAUAGCUGUAUGAUGAGGAAAUGUUCAUAACAAGCUUGAGAAAUGACGUGAUCAUCGUGAAGGAUCUACCACCAACCUUAAAGAACGCAAAGAAAAGGAAAGGAUCUCCAACUUUUAAGCCUAGGAUUACUACUACUCCUGCCUUUUAUAUCUCUGAAGUUAUUCCACAGUUGAGGAAAACGAAUGCGGCUGGGUUAAUUUUGUCAGAUGGAGGAAGCUUGCAGGCCAAUGUUAAUGAACCAUCUGAUGGUAUUGAUGACGAUUGUGAGAGUUCAAGGGAUGAAGUUUCAUCUAUUUCUUCAUACAGUACUAUGAAGAAAAAUAUACACACAUCUAUUUCUACAGCCUUCAUGUGCCAAAGGCCGCAGAUGGUGGCGAUAGAGGUACCAAAGGUGGAGGUGGGUUAGGUGGCAGCAUCUACAUCACUGCUAAUAGGAUGUAAGACUCUUUUUUUAAUGUUUUGUGUUUCUAAUUUUAAUGAAAAAAAUUAAUUGAAAAAGUUUUUAUAGUGUUCACUAUGGC